AUGGUGGCACUCGUUCUCUCGUUCUUCCUCUGUGCUGGGGUAUCUGGUAGCCCAGCCCGAAUGAGGUUUUCCUCUUAUUCUGGAGAAUAUGGUGGCAACAGUGGAGAUUAUUUUGACCAAUCGAGUAACCAACUGGAUGGCCCCAUAACAGCCCUGAAAAUAAGGGCUAAUGACAGGUAUAUCAUAAGCCUCCAGGUUCGUUAUGGUGACUCAUGGUCCAACACCGAAGGAAGUGCGGUGGGCAAUCCCUCGGGCGCGGAACUGUUUCUUGGAGAGGGCUUCGUACAGGUUACCGGGCGUUUUGGGAGCUACGUGGAGUACCUGGCUUUCCGCACCAACCUGGGCCGCCUCGUGGCUUUUGGGCCCAGUGCCGGUUCUGGGAUGACCUUCAACGCGGAGCCGCUGUUCCCGAACGCAGUUCUGCGUUACGUCAGUGGGCGGUCCGGAUCUUUGGUCAACGCGCUUGGUUUCCACUGGGACCAAGACCAAUUCACUGAAACAGGGAAUCAAUCCUCUUUCUCCACACAUCCGCCCCAAAUAACUCCAACAUAG